UUCAAACAGUUUCCAUUGAAAUUAACUUAAUAAUAGUAAACCCUAUGAUUUCAGGAAUUUAUAUUUAAGAAUUCCAUGAAAAAUAAUAAAUUUUUUUAUGGCGACAUGAAUUUGAUUUUUACUUUAACCAAAUCUUGAAUGUCGUAUUAUGGAUUUAAUUCAAAAUUAUGGAGAAAGUGAUGAUGAGCAAGACAAUGUUCAAGCCAAAUUACCUAUCCCUAAUACUAUUAUUUCAAUGUUUGAUGGCCAACAGUUUCAUCCAAAACCAACAAAUAAUCCAACUGCACAUCAAGGACGUACUAGAUUGUUUGAACAUGAACGUGGUAAUUGGGCUACUUAUAUUUAUAUACCUUGUCCAGAAAUGGAAUUAGUAGAAAUUGUCCAAGAAAAGUUAAGUGAAUGUGGUUUAGAAAUUAUUGGUAACCCACAUGUUAGUCUUACGCGUACCAUUAUUUUACAGUUCCAUUGGAUUAAUCAAUUUAUAAAUGAUAUUAAGUCAAAUCUUAAAUCUAUUGAAAAAUUUACUAUUUCUUUAGGUAAAUUGGAAGUAUUUUGUAAUGAUAACUGUAGUCGAACAUUUGUUGGUUUUAUAGCUCAACCUCAAGAUUUGUUAUUACAAUGUGUACAACAACUUGAUAAAGUUUUAUUAGGUUAUGAUUUACCAAUUUAUUAUAAAAAUCCAAAAUUUCAUUUAAGUGUAGCAUGGUGUUUAGGGGAUCAAUCUAGUAGUUUACAAACUAAAUUAAAAUCACUAGUUUUUGAAUUUGAUGUCUGUAGCAUGUUAAGAGUUGAAAAGUUAAUUUGUAAAACAGGAAAUAAAAAUUAUAGCUUUGAUCUCGUUUAAUUUAUGUUAGUUUUCAUAUUGUUACCGUGACAAUAAAAUGUGUAAUUUCUUGUUAAAUCCUAGUUAAUGAUAGUCAUUAUCAGAUUUGAGUUUCAACAUUUAAAUGAGUUGCUUACAUCUUAGACUUCAUUUUAGAUAUCUAUUUUAUGCGACAAUUUAACAAAAAAAUUUGAGGUCUAAGGCCUAAGACUCUUGGAUUUAAUAUGUAUUUGUUCAUUAUAAUAUUUUUUCCGAUGUAAAAUCUGAAUUAUUUUAUCCAGAUAAGUAUUACAAAA